AUGGAUGACCUGUAUACGGGCGAUAUCAACUCCACACUUCUACUCCGUUCUUCUUCAACAUCGAGAAAACUAUCGAACACAGACGGAUUCGCCACUCAAAAAUACGUUCAGCUGAAUCAGCAACUCAAGAAAUCCCCACACCCAAGAGUUCAUCUUCUUAUCGCCCCUGUAAGACAACUUUUCACUGACCCAAAAACAUCACAUACUAUCAAUAUGUCCUGUGAAAAUGAACACAUUCACGGCCAUAGCCAUGGCGAUGGCGACGGAGACGACCACGUUCCACCAAUUCCCACUUCAAUUGCGUCCCUGCUCAAUCUGAAAGUCGAUUUGCCCCAUGUCACAGCACUUAAUCUUGAAAACAAGCCUGAAGACUUGGCCAAGCUAUUUAAAGACUCUAACACCCGCUACAGCCUCCAGCCGGUAUUGAAGCUGGACGCAGACGAACAGCUUAUCUUGCACGUGCCGUUUUUGAACGGAUCUGUGAAACUUCACUCCAUAAUCCUCAGAACAAACGGAGACAAGUUCUGUCCAAAGUCCAUCAAAUUGUGGAAGAACAACAGAGAUAUCGACUUUGACAAUGUUGAUCUGGUCAAGCCGCUCCACAAGCUCGAGCAUCCUCAUGUCGGGGUGAACUACAACGACGAUGAUGACGAAAUACCAGAGGUUUUGGAGGAUGAUGCUGAUUUUGUAGAGCACCACGUUCCCAGGCACAUUUUCACGGGCAUCCAGCAUUUGACGUUGUUUUUCGAGGAUAUCUACGGAGACGAGGAGCAGACGCAUUUGCAUUCCAUUGAGCUUCGGGGAGAGUUUACGGAGCUUACGAAGGACCCUGUGGUGACAUUAUAUGAACUGGCACCCAAUCCAGCAGACCACAAGGUUGCAGAGACCACAACACAGAUGCAGAGCUUCCAUUGA